UUGUUAUCUCAUCACAUUGGUAAAAGUGUUGCUGAGUUACAGGAGCAAGCCAAACAAGAUCCGCACUCUUCUAAAGGUUUAGAAUUGCUAAAGAAGUAUGGUGCUGCAGCCAAGCGCUAUGAAGCCGCUGUACAAGGUGAGGCAGCUGCUAAGAAGGAAAGGGAUAAGAAAUGGGCUUUGGCAAAAAAAACACAUGAUGGCACCAAGGAACCUUAUCUCGCUUGGGCAGAAUAUUGGAAGGCAGAUAUAGUUCUUCUUGAAAAGGUUGAACAAAGACAUGCUGCUGCAUUUAGAAGAGAUUUGUGC